UUUCAUACACUAAAGUGGGCCCCAGUUUGCCUGCUCUAACUUGUAUGUGGUUCAUAUACAAGGCCUCAGUGGUCCAGAAGAAACCCUUUUUUAUAGAUGCUGUUUUAUUUGUUCAUUUCUAGCUAGAAUAUCUGACAGAAAAAUUCAUCUAUGUUCUUCCAUUAUUGCAUUUGUCAGAAGGCCACUAGGAAGCUUGAUAGCCUGGAGACUACUUAGAUACCUGAUUGAAGAAUGAAUUCAACUACAGUAGAUGGAGAAUGCCCUCAUCCAAUUAUCUCCAUCUUUUCCUUUAACAGCAUUUUUUUGCUUUUUAUGAAGUGACUCAGAUGGCUAUUAGCAAUUGGAGAAGACAAACGAUUUGGUAUAGCUCUUCUAUUGGAAGGCAAAACUUGCACUUUCUCAUUUAUAUACACAUACAGACAUACAUGUACACAUAUAAUGCUUUUAGAGAACUAUUUAAUUUAAUUUCAUACCAUUUCAAGUGUCACAAGGCUGUUCAAUGAUGAGGCACAAUAGGGGACCAGAUCUUUGAAACAAGCAUUAGAAAUUCUCAGCUCCGUGCCAAGGAACGGGCCUCAUAUAGUUUUGUUAGCUUCCUGAUGCUCACUCUUCUUUUUCUCAAUUAUUCAUCCCUUGGCAUUGUCUGAUGAUAGAUCACUGUGAAUGUGUGGUUCUUAUUUCAGACAGUGCUUGUGAUUCUCUUGUCUUGUAUGACCUUUAGUUAGCAAUGAGAAAGCAAAAUAACCUCUCUAAUGGCAUAGCCACUGUCAGCCUGUCUGCGAUCACCAGUCGACGAAAUUCACGGCUUUAGUACAAGUCUACAACCUGGAUAUAGCCAAAUUAAAGGCGAUAAUUGUGCUGCAAUUUUAUUAGAGAUUCUUAGACAAAUUUAAAUGGUUUACUGUUGUAGUAAAAAGAGAUCCAGUUAUUGCAUAAUGCUAACUUUGUUUCGAGUGAUGAAAACACGGUCCGUAUAGGCCGGAGUGAGCAGAGGAGAAACAACAAUAGAGGAAGAAGAGGAUAAUCUUCUACAAAGAGGCACCGAUGCUUAGUGUUGAUCAAGAGAUAGCACCAACAAGUGCAGCCAAUUUAAAGAGGACGCAUCGCCUCUCAACUGCCAUGCAGAGAACUAGUGAAUGGAUUUUCUCCCAGGACAUACCCAGUGAUAUCACUGUUCUGGCAGGAGGAGCUGCCUUCAGUUUACACAAGUUUCCAUUGGUGUCCAAAUGUGGAUAUAUUCGAAAGCUAAUGUUAGAAGCUGGUAACUCAUCAGACAUCUCAGUGACAGACAUUUCAGACAUCCCUGGUGGUGCCGAAGCAUUUGAGUUUGCUGCAAAAUUUUGCUAUGGUAUGAACUUUGAGAUCAGCGCAGAAAACGUCGCAAUGCUGCGGUGUGCUGCUGAGUACCUUGAAAUGACAGAGGCAUAUUCAGAUGGAAAUCUCAUUAAUAGAACAGAGGCUUACUUGGAGGAAGUAGCAAUGUUGAGCCUCUCCGGUGCUGUCACUGUGCUUCGCAAAGCAGAGAGCCUUCUGCCUAUGUCUGAGAAAGUGAAACUAGUGAACAGAUGCAUUGAUGCAGUGGCAUAUUUGGCUUGCAAUGAUAGCCAAUUCUCUUUGUCAUUGGAUAGCCAGGAGAGCUUGAGUUCCUCUUUAUCACAGCCCAGAUUAAUUGUGGACUGGUGGGCUGAGGAGUUGACGGUUCUAAAGAUCAGCACCUUUCAGAGACUUCUUAUGGCAUUGAAGGCCAGAGGCUUUAAACAGGUGGCUUUUGGACCUGUUCUAAUGCUUUAUGUGCAGAAAUCUCUGAGAGGUUUGGAUCUUUUCAGUGGAGCAAGGAAGAAAAAUGAGCUGAAACUAGAGCAUGAGAGAAGGUUGGUGUUGGAAACAAUCGCCAGUCUUUUGCCGACCGAAAGGAAUGCUAUGUCAGUCAGCUUUGUGUCGAUGCUCCUGAGAGCAGCCUUGUAUCUUGAAACCACAGUGGCUUGCAGGCUUGAUUUGGAGAAGAGGAUGGGCUUGCAGCUCGGGCAAGCUGUGCUAGAUGAUCUACUAAUCCCUUCUUACUCACCCGAUGCAGACACAAUAUUCGAUGUCGAGACUGUUAAGAGGAUCUUGAUGAAAUAUCUUGAGCAAAAUACGGACAGCUUCCGCAUUGGAUACAACACCGAUGAUGACUAUGUCUCUUCUCCUCUGAAUGACAUGGAUAUAGUUGGACAGCUUAUGGAGAGGUACCUCGCAGAAAUAGCAUCUGAUCACAACUUGCCAAUCUCAAAGUUUGUCAGCCUUGCUGAAUUAAUUCCCGAGCAAGCCCGGUUUAGAGAAGACGGAAUGUAUAGAGCAAUCGAUGUAUUCUUGAAGGCUCAUCCAUCUCUCAGUGAUCCGGAAAGGAAAAGGAUAUGUAACUUGAUGGAUUGCCAAAAGUUAUCGAGAGAGGCUUGUGCUCAUGCAGCGCAGAAUGAGAGGCUUCCCGUACAGAUAGUGGUUCAGGUGCUUUACCAUGAACAACAUCGUUUCAAAGAUCGAAUGAGUGGAAGCUAUUUCGGUGGAGAAUCUCCUGCCCUUUCCCGGCAAAUGAACCCAUACAACACUCAUUUUAACACACCCGAUGAGCUCUCACGCUUGCGCAGAGAAAAUGAUGACCUGAAACUAGAGUUACUGAGAAUGCGCGCACCCGUAAAAGACAUAGAUCAGCCUUCAAUGAAUGAAAGCACUUCUUCAGAUAGGCCACCAUUACUGAAGAAGUCAUUCCUUAGUUCUGUAACUAAAAAACUCAGCCGCCUGUAUUUGUUUUCACGUUCUGAAAGUGUUAAGUCAUUGUCUGGCAAAACCGGAAGGAAGACUCCCAAAGACCGGAGGCAUUCAAUCUCAUGAAUCAAUAUAUCACCUGUAAACAUUCACUGUUGAAUUGUAUCACAGCUUGAACUUCUCCGCAUUUAAAUAUCCAAGUUUUGUGUC